CUUUUCUGAAGCUCGGUUUGAAAGACAACGUUUGAUUAUCACAUCACCAAAGACUUACCGACACGGCGACACCUGUUCAUCAAUACUACCAACAUUCCGGGCAACACCAUCACCAGACGGGCCACACCCUACCCCACAAUGACCACACCCAUUCCCUUGUUAGUGUUAGUAUUCGCGCUGUCACUCGUAGUGACAUCAUCGACACAGGUCGAAGGUCAGAUAUGGACACCGUGUGGAAUACGUGGUGGGUCAUCGUUACCCCUCGGCACUGUAUCCAUGAAACAUUGUUUCGUGGACCGUUCCACCAUCGUGGAUUUCAAUGCCAUUACGGACGAGUACCCAGCUGGACUUCACGCUACUAUCCACCAAUUGACGCCAAACGAUGUCAAUUAUACGAGGACGAAUGAAUCGAGAGUGAAAUUUCUCUGCCGAGGAUUAGUACUCAUGAACUCUUUCAUCCACGAACUCGACCAGGUUGAUGAAACGUCGUUAAGAUUUAAUGUCACAGCGGCGACAGCGCUCAAACACCGAUUCGUUGUGGCGUAUAACUCCUUGAACACAUCGCUCACCACAAUGAUCACAAAAUGUCCACUACUCAUCAAUGCUCCAUUGCAACUCGAAGAGAUGGAUACUCAAGCAACGGUCUCCUUGACAACGGAACACAGUAGCGACUCUAACUGGAAGAACUUUUUACUCAAUGGAACAAUGGAGUUAAAGAAGCUUCGGGCUACCCGAUACAUAGGGACAGACCCGAGAGGACUCGGCGCAGGUUGGUGCGACGAGAUACUCUGCGUUAAGGGUGUUUACGCGAACCGUGACGACGACCCGGUCACAGGGGAGGAUGACUGGGAUUAAAGACUGCAUCUCUGCAGUGGCGUAGCCUGAA